UUCUAUUUGCACGGUGUUUCUCUGAGCUUCUCGAACGAGCAUUCUACAGCCAGGACCAACAACGCCAAGGACACCUGCAAGCGGUCAGCCAGAACGCCGAUCACUACUGCGCAGUUAGUUAUGAGUCGCUGCAUCGCGAUAGAGGACUCCCAAAACGCGUGCCUCGGGAGCCGCGGCAUGACACCGGUUGCGCCCGCACAGUCUCGAGCCUCCACCGUCUACCCGGAAGCGGCGGAUCCCGAGAUUAAUGGCGUCUCCUCCACGGUCGGAACCACGGCGGGGCCUUCCUCGAGUGCUCUUGCGGCGACCGUGGUGCUUCCGAUGGACGACCUGGUCACCACCAAGUCGUCCGCGAAGGAGCACUUCGGCCCAGACUCGUCUGCCCUGAUGGACGAGGCUUUCCACGACCACUGCACCGUGUGCGAGAUCGAGCAGCCGCGUCCGUUGUCGCUCGACUCGGUCAGCCUGAGCAGCGACGCCGCGCCCACGUGCCGCAUAUGCUUUUCCGGAGGCGGGAGAGAGCCGCUUCUCGAGCCCUGCCAUUGCCGUGGCACAAUCGGAUUCGUCCACAGGGAGUGCCUUGAGCUGUGGAUUCGGCGCACGGUGAACCCCCAGUGCCAGGUCUGCCACUUCCAGUAUACCGUCAGAAAGGAAGCAAAGCCGGCAUGGCGCUUGCUGUCGGACGCUGAAGCCCGCCGCCCAGUGCUCGGUUACCUGGUACUGGGAACUCUCUUCGUGAUCAGCACUGCCUUCGUUUUUUCUCUGGCCUGGUUGUACGCGGUGCGCCUUCCUGCCCGGGUAGGAAAUAACAUGGCCGCCGUAGUCGUAGUGCUGCUUUCAGUGCUGCACUUCCUGUGGCUCUAUUUUCCCUUCGUCAGCUUCGUGUGA